GCAGUCUGUCGAAAAAAGACAAAGAAGAAAAAGUAGCGGGAGUAGUCUGGUGCAUGACAUCCGAACAAUGUAAACAGAGGAAAUGUUUUCCGUUUGUCUGCAAAAAAAGCUGGUUUUGUUGAAUCUUGUUUUUUUUCUUCUACUCCAGCUGUUACAGUGUAUGUGACAUUCAGUCAUGUCUGAGGAACCAGCAGCAGAAAUCCAGCUACUCCGAAGCCUGAAGGUCAAGCUGAUAGAAAUUCUAAGCGCAGAUGCCGAUUUUGUCCUGCAGCAUGCAGACUCUCGCUGUCUGCUGUCUGUUCUCGGCUACCGGCAGGUGAAAGCAUGCCGUUUUCCUAGUGAGAAGGUGACAGACCUGCUGGAUCACAUCAUCCAAAGAGGUCCUGAUGCAGCGCGGGGUCUGCUGGAACUGCUGAACGACCAGGCACUGCAGGAAACCUUCCCAAUGCUUUGCUUUAUUAAGGAUAUGCAAGUAAACACACUGUCUUCAGGAACAAACGAAACAUCAAGAAAGAGAAAAACUGCUGACCUACAAGAGACCGUUCCAUCCAAAGAGAUCUGCACCAAAGGCUCUCGCUUAAUUACUGAGAAGCAGCUGAUGACCGUGGCUCGUACCAUUGGCAGAUCUUGGAGGGAGAUUGGCAGACUGGCUCUGGAAAUCGCUUCUGUGAAGCUGGAACAGAUUGAAGAGGACAACUCUUGCCAUGUGGAACGAGUGUUUGCCAUGCUGCGCUACUGGAGCACCCGCCAGAGAGGAAAAUCCACUGCUGCUCACCUGCACUUGCUGCUCUGUCAGGGAGACUGGGCAUUGCCACCUGAAAGCAUUGACUUCCUGUUGGAGACUGAAUGAUGCCUUCACUGUCUGGUACUUGCUGUGACUGAAACACUGUUUUUACUGGGAACUAGUGUGUUUCUCAUCAUUCCAUAUCAAAGAAAAAAAUAACACUUGAAGACUUUAGUACUUUGUGGAAUUACCACACAGUGCUAUUUAGUACCACUGAGGCCUUUUGUUUUUCAUAUGUGUUUACAAUCUAUAUUUGUAUCCCUCACAACUAUGAUCGCAAAUGUCGGUCAGUCUGGUUCGGUCACGUGACUGGGCGUCUGGCCAAUCACCACACUCCCUGUGGAGCUCUUCCGGUGGCGUUUUCUGUCAGUGUUUGUAAACAGAGAAGUAAAUUGGAAGUGCUACAAGAAAUAAUAACCUACAAAAAUCUAAAGGUAAGCAGUCGCUUUUCCUACGAAUUUCACUCGCGGCUGUUUAACCGUUUUAUAAUCUGCUACGUGUCUGUUUCUAACAGCUGUAGCCGGUGAGGGAGGUGUUAUUUAGUGGUCGGCUCUGAGCCCGCACGCCCUGCCUGGCUGUUGUUGUGUUGUCUGGGGCGGGGGGUGGGGGUUCAGUCUUACAAGAGUUGUCCCAAAAACCAACUACUGGCUAGCUAGCAGGUUAGCCUUUUCUGUUUCAUUCAGCAGAGACUCUUAGCAUGCUUCACACUUUGAAACCCAUAGUCUAAAUAUUGUAUCUUAAUACAAACUGCGUUUCCCAGCAUGCUCCCGUUUGAUUAAUAAAGCUCAUUUGUUCAGUGACGGUAGCUUUUACAACAGGAACUAGGAAGGAAAUAUGUUUGUGGUGUUUGCUCAAGCAAUGCUUUAGAAUUGCACCACAGGUCAUUGAGUACAAAUGUUCUUGGCAUCUGCAACCAGUGCCAGAUUGCAUUGCCUGAUAUCUAGUUGACUGUAAAAUGAUUACCUGGCUACUGAACUAUGUGACACCUCAAUGGGUCAUCCAUUGGUUUUGAAACAUGACAAAAGCCAAUAAAACUAUCUUAGCUGUAGGCAUAGAUUUAUUUAAGCCAUUAUCUGCAUGAAUAUAAUUUGAUGCAUCAGUUAUAUUAGGACAAACUUGAGUUUCAAUUAGCGUAGAAAAAAGCAUUGAAUCGUUGCCUGUAGGCUAUUCCAUUUUAAGAUUCCCAUUACAAUUACAAUAAUAUAAAAACUGAGAUUUGGUUUAUGAAAGUCUUUGCUUCAUUAUCUUCACUUGAGUUUUAUUUUCCUUCCAGUCAAGGAGAAAUUAGGAAAGCAACUGAGCAGUGCUCAUUUUAUUUUAGUGUAAACACACUAGGGCAUUUAAAGGAGACGAUGAAAUCAUAUUUCUAUGUUUCAUGUUUAGUUUUUCUUAACUGAACAUUUGAUGAAAGUUUGUGGGAGAAAAUGUAAUUUUGUCUGAAUGAACAGUUAUGUUGACGUGGUCCCUAUUGAUCUACAUAUCUGGGUGUUUCAGAUUAAAUGUUAAAUGCUAAAUGAACUGUAAUGUAAUGUUACAUCUUGGUGUGUCUGUUGUGAUAGCGACUCAUGCCGUCAUGCAAAGGAGGACAGACAAGCAGUGCCCAUGUUCCACAACUACACUGAAUAAACUCAUAAUAUCA